ACAAGGUGGCGGUGAUUCGCCUGUUAGCUGUUUGCCAACCCUCAUAGAGGAAGAAGAAAAUAAACGGAGGAGCUUUGAAUCAUGUCUAAGUUCAGCACAGUAAUUUGGCCUAAAGUCGUUUUAUUUGGUGACUCCAUCACACAGUUUUCCUUUCAACCCAAUGGAUGGGGAGCAGAAACUGCAAAUAAACUUGCGAGGAAAUGUGAUGUUGUGAACAGAGGAUUGUCUGGCUAUAACUCCAGAUGGGCAAAGAUCGUCCUUCCUCGCCUCAUCAGCAGCCAGAAUCCAGCAGAAAAUAACAUAGCAGCUGUUACCGUAUUCUUUGGAGCAAACGAUGCUUCGCUGGAAGAUAAGAACCCACAGCAGCACGUCCCUCUAAAGGAGUAUUCAGAGAACCUGAAAGAGAUCAGCAGGUUUCUGACCUCAGCUGGUGUUCCAGCAGACAAAGUAAUCUUUAUCACUCCUCCUCCGAUUCACGAGCCGGCCUGGGAGAAGGAGUGCGUCCUCAAAGGAUGUCCUCUAAAUCGGCACAACUCGGUGACAGGACAGUACGCUCAGGCAUGUGUUCAGGCGGCUGGUCAGUGUGGGUCGGACGUCCUGGACCUCUGGACGCUCAUGCAGAAAGACGGUCAGGACUUCACCGCCUACCUGUCAGAUGGGCUGCACCUCUCAGAGAAGGGAAACCAGUUUGUGGCGCAGCAUCUCUGGAGCAUACUGGAGAGCCGUGUGGCUCAUUUGCCCUUCAUUCUGCCUUACUGGGGAGACGUGGAGACCAGUAGCCCAGAGAGCAGCCUCCUCUGCAACUCAUGAAGCAGAGAAUGUCUGGAAAAGCUUAAAAACAAGCAGUGGACUUUAGAAUGAUCAAAGUAUUAGGUAAUAUCUUUGGAUUUACAGCAAGUGGAGUCAAAACUCUACUGUGAAGUAUUAGCACCAGAAGGGGGGGAAAGGACUCAGAAAUUUGUAGAUUAAUCUCAGAAAUUUUCUAGAAAAAAAAACACAUUUUUGAGUUGCAAAUUUGUUUAGAAAAAAAUCAGAAACUGAGAAUCUCAAAUUUUCUAGAAAAUGGCUUUAAACUUUCAGAGUUUUUAAAAGUUGAAAAAAAAAUACAAUUUUAAACAUCUCAAGUUUUCUAGAAAAAAAUGUAAAAUUGAGUUGCAAAUUUGCUAGAAAGUUCAGAAAUUGAGGAUCUCAAAUUUUCUACAAAAAAUAUAGAAACUUUUGAGUUUGAAAAGUUGAACAUUUUCUAGAAAAAAUCAGAAAUUAUCUAGAAAAGACGUGGACAUUUAAGAUGCCAUUUUUCCUAUCAAAUGUAUUUAACUUUUAAAUUAGAAAUGUCCUAGUUUUUUUGUUUUUCUUUAGAAAAUUUUAUAUUUAAUUAAAUAUAAAUUAGUUUUUCUAAAAAAGAAAGAAAAAUUAAACAUUUCAAACUCAAACAUCCAAAAGAAAGUUCCUGAAAAUCUAUGAGAUUAAUCUAAAAAUGUCUGAAUUCUUUUGGUGAAAAAUUACUCUUGUCUACUGUUUGUAAUACAAAGUUGUAAAAGUCAAUCCUUAACAUGUACAAUAAAGAUUUUUUUUUU